GGCCGGGGAGGUGCAGGGCGCCGCGGGAGCCAAUGGGAGCGCAGGGGGGAGCCGGUCUGGCUGCAGCGGCCGGCGGGGCUCGCACUGCCGGGAUGGACGGCGAGCGCCUGGCGUCGGGCUCCUCGGAGCUGGCGGUCGGUGAGAGCCCGCGGGGCGGCGCCCCGAUCCCGGGUGGCAGCGGUUCCUGCAGCCUGCUGCAGGCCGACGUGCUGGAUCUGGAUGAGGACGAGGACGACUUGGAGGUGUUCAGUAAGGAUGCUUCACUGAUGGACAUGAACUCCUUCAGCCCUAUGAUGCCAACAUCCCCUUUGUCGAUGAUAAACCAAAUCAAGUUUGAAGAUGAAUCAGAUUUAAAGGAUCUUUUCAUUACAGUGGAUGCACCUGAGAGCCAUGUUACUACAAUUGAAACUUUUAUCACUUAUAGGAUCAAAACCAAGACCUCUCGUGGGGAGUUUGAUUCCAGUGAAUUUGAAGUCAGGCGCCGUUAUCAAGAUUUCCUGUGGUUGAAGGGUAGACUGGAAGAAGCGCAUCCCACGCUCAUUAUUCCACCAUUGCCGGAAAAGUUUAUCGUGAAAGGGCUGGUGGAGCGUUUCAAUGAUGACUUCAUCGAAACCCGUAGGAAAGCAUUGCAUAAGUUUCUGAACAGGAUCGCCGAUCAUCCAACUUUAACAUUUAAUGAAGACUUCAAGGUUUUCCUCACUGCACAAGCCUGGGAACUGUCUUCUUAUAAGAAGCAAGGACCUGGCUUGCUGAGCAGGAUGGGGCAGACAGUCAGAGCUGUGGCAUCCUCCAUGAGAGGAGUGAAGAACCGGCCAGAUGAAUUCAUGGAAAUGAAUAACUUCAUUGAAACAUUUAGCCAGAAAAUUAAUUUAAUAGAUAAAAUAUCUCAGAGAAUUUACAAGGAAGAAAGGGAUUAUUUUGAUGAAAUGAAAGAAUAUGGCCCCAUUCAUAUUCUGUGGUCAGCAUCAGAAGAAGACCUGGUUGACACAUUGAAAGGCAUUGCCAGCUGCAUUGACCAGUGCUGUAAGGCCACCGAGAAGCGGAUGUCUGGCCUGUCUGAGGCCCUGCUCCCUGUUGUCCAUGAGUAUGUGCUUUACAGUGAGAUGCUAAUGGGUGUUAUGAAAAGAAGAGAUCAAAUACAAACAGAACUGGAUUCCAAAGUUGAAGCUUUGACCUACAAAAAAGCUGAUGCUGAUCAGCUUACAGAAGACAUUGGAAAACUUGAAGACAAAGUGGAAUGUGCUAACAAUGCCCUGAAGGCCGACUGGGGAAGGUGGAAACAGAACAUGCGAAAUGACCUCAAGUCAGCGUUUACAGACACAGCCGAGGAGAACAUCCGCUUCUACGAACAGUGCCUUGCUACGUGGGAAUCAUUCCUUGCAUCACAGACUGACCUUCCCUUGGAAGAAGACUCUGAAGAUAAAAUUUAAUCCUAUCAAAGACUCCUGUUUGAUCUUUGA